GAAGUCUCUGCUUUGAGCGGGGUUUCUUGAAGAUUAAAUUGAGAAUCCAGCUGGUGAAAAAUUUGAGGAUCGAUAGGAGUUGUAAGAGGUAGCUACAAAUGGCCCGCAUACAUCUGUGGAAUAGCCUCUGCUGGGGAAAGCAUCUUGACACCUGGAGAAACGGAUUCAUGUGCUGGAAUGUGAUGCUUUAUCAUAGUUUUGGUGAAGCCCGUGGGGUUACUUUGCCUGCUAGAUGGUAUGAGAAGGCAUUUCGCCAAAUGAUAAAAUUGAGUGACUGCUUAAAGGACCUGGAUUCGGUCGACGGACGGCUCAUAAAUGUUAAAGAUGGUUCAAUUGUCAUUGACGAUCUUAUGGAACAUAAAGUGCAUACUUUUAAAUCGCUUGCUAGAGCGUUUAUUGGGUCUCCAUCGAUCCAGCAGACACUGAAGAGGAGUAUUCCAGCAUCUUCAGCGGAUGCAAAGUCUGCACCCCAUGUUUGUUUCAGUAAUGUGAGUGAAAGAGAGCCCAUGGUCAUAAAUUCCCUGACCAAGAUAAGCGACAUCCUUAAAAUUUCCGCUCAGCAAAGGAAAUCAGUGCGUGUCACAGUAUGCCCGCUGGUGACACAGCACCAGAUAUGGACUGCUACACUCGAGGAGUUGCUAAAUGGAUUGAAAUACGAGUUGGACAUUUUGAAUGGCCAAUGCCCAAGACAUGCCACUAAGAUGGGUCUGCAGAUCGUUUCUCUUUGCCUAAAUUUCUUGGAAGAAAAUUCCAGUUCCUUUAAUCCCGACUCCUCUUCAUGGAUGCGUGUUUCACCAGCUGCAAAGGCCGACUCCUCUGCCUCAAGAAAGUGGGAAGAUGUCCUUGAGAUGUUUGAUGACCUUAUUAGAUGUAUAAAAUAUGAGGAAGAAUUGCUUUUACAGUUAAAGAAGCUUGAGGCAAUGAAGGAAGGCCUGUCUCAAAUCAGGGAUGUGGUAGUUGACAGAUGUAUUGGGUAUAAAGAUGCUCGACACCAGGAAAGUCUAGUGCAAAAGAAACUUACCAAGACACUAGGAUACUCAUCCCCAUGCUUGUUUACUCUUCUUUUGUAUUAUCUCUAUGGAUAUGUCAGGGACUUGGAGAUAGACCUCUCCGGUGGGAUUUGGGGACACGGUGAAGGUAGCAAAUGUUGUUUGCAUGUGGGAAGGAUUUUGACAACAGAUGAGGAAGAUAUGGUCUGGAAUGGGGUAAAACAUUUACACAAGGUUCUUGGACUUUUCAAGUUUGUGUGGGAAACAGCAGGAAUGAAAGAGGUCUUGGAAUUGCAAGGCCAUCUAUGGUGCCUGCGAGCUGAGGAUAGGACACUAACAUAUAAAGGGAAUCUGUAUUUCGUACAUGGAAUCACAUCGUGAUUAGUUGAUCUUACCAUUUCAGUGUUUGAACUCAAUUGUAUUCUUAGGCCCUUCCGUAGUUCUUUAUAUAUUACAAUAGAGUAGAGACCAGAGUUAACUUCACUUUGUUGGUGGUUGAAGAGCUGACAAUUUGUCUGGGUGAGUGGGAUGCUUUGUACUGCUUUGGGGGCAGAAAUGGCAACUCCUUGGAGUGGGAGAUUAGUAACUUUCACAUCAACCACAUGGAGAGCAACAUCAAGGAGUACGUAAACAAGUACUUAGAUUGCAUAUUUCUGAUAGUGUUUUACUUGAAAGCUCUGUACGCCCAGCAUAUAAAUGCAAAUGGACAGGAUUCUUUCUACAACGCACUACAGUUUGUGGUGUACAACGAACUGGCCGAAUCUGUUAUUACUUGAAGUACUGUUCUUUGAAUGAAAUGGUCAAGCACUGUCAACAGCCUAUUUGUUGGUGUACUUGUCAAGCACCGACAAGCAAAAAAUCGAACUGAUGGUGACAAUACUAAUCCUAAUACUAACGGAAAUAUUAUACAAAACCUAAUGAG